CGAGUGAGUGUGUCGUGUGCAGCGGCUGAUAUGCCUUUAGCUUCCUGGACUCUUUAGCUCUCUUCAUUUUACUGACAUAUUUCAUUAUUAAUUUUAUUUCAGAUUACGUCCACUCACCGUCAAAAUGAUGAACCAGUUUUGGAAUCUUUGCCGCACUUGUCCGUCCAUGAAUAUGGAUAAGCAGCAGCUGCACUCUGAGUAUCGCAGCACCUACCGCUGGCACGAAUAUCAUCCUCAGAAUGCAGCUGUGGUCAUCCGCAAACCUCCGCAGGCGUUCUCAGGUCUUGGUGGUGGUGGCGGAGAACCGCCUGCCGGCUUGGAGUCCGGCCGAGUCAUUCAGUCAGAGGAACGAUCGCCGCGAAGAAUCCUACGGCCAGCUCCCCGAAGCAAGUCAGAAGGUCCACUAGCAAGUGACAAUGAUGAAUACAUUUUUAGAGGAUCGGAAUACAAGACUCAGUUUGCAAAAACCAACAAAGCCGUGGUCAAAGGGCCUGUCAAAUGUUCUAUAAGGAGUUUGGGUAGGGGACCAGAAACAACACCCCUUCUAUUGCCUGAGAAGCCUGCUGCGACCACGACGCGCGUCCAACAGCCUGCCCAUCAGUCUCUGGCCAACGGGUCCGUGGGAGGAGGAGGUCCUGCUACCGAGGCCGUGUCUCGUCAGGACGUCACGCAUCCCUCGCCGCGUAAGUCUAAAUCCAUGGGCCGCAUCUCCCAGGAUCGGAGUGCUGCGGGUGGCGGCACUCAAGAAAGUAGAGCGGAGGCUGUGGUACUUGAAGCCACUACUACUAAAGCCGCCGUUAGUUCUGAUCAGGCUCCCCUCGAGAAGGCGGAACCUACCCCUUGGGCAGGCUACGGCCACAGACGCGUGCCUUCCGAUGGCAUCGCGUGGCGUAGAUCUAAAGGUCUGGAGGCCGCCCUGCAGCAAGCGGCCAUGGAGGACAGCGCUCAGGAGGACAGGACUUACAAGUCUGAGUACCGCAAAAAGUUUCGACCGUUCUCUCAGUACCAGUACGUAGAUGGCAAGUUCCAUAUCAAGAAUGAUGACACCUCGGCAGCCGGAGCGCCGUCUGCCGGCCGUGCCACUGCCGCUGACGGCAACUGGUAUAAGGAAGUCAUCGAGCUGAGGAAGCAGGCUGGGCAGUACAGGGCUCGCCAGGACUUUGGAGACGUCUGGCGGACUGUCCAGCAGCACCGAGGAUGGGGUGUCGAGAUGGCAUCAGACCGUCUCGCCGAGAUCUACACUCAACAGGCUGAGCUGUGGGAGCAAGUGUCUCGUCGCUCUUCUCUGCAAGCUCUCUCGCUCGCGUCAGCAUCACCGAGCAGCCGACCGAUCAGCAAAGCAGAGAAGGAGAUCGUCAACUCGCGGCGUUCGUCACCCACCAAAGCACUCAGAGAUCGACCGAGCACUGCGCCAUCCAAGCCUAAGCCCACUGGUGGCCAUAAAUCUGGAGACAAAGUUGACGGGCGCUCGUCGAAGGAGACCACUCCCCGCCACCACUACGAGCGCACCACCGGGUCCGGAGAGGAAGGCCUUUUGAUAACAUCACCGUCACGAGACAACAUCGAACCUGUCGUCCCUGACUGGAACAGGCGGUCUUCCAGGAAGACGCCUCCUGCCACGAGCCCCGUCAAAGGUCGGUCGGUGAGCGUCGACCCUCAGAGUCGCUCGCCCAAGAGGAGCGCUCGGCCGCCCACCGGCCAUGUGCCACUCGCCCCCAAGACCGAGCGCCGUCCCAGGCCCACUUCCCUGGCUACUAGUGCUCGUCGCAAAGGGGCUGACACUAGCGGCCGCCCUCCCCUCGAUGACUCAAAGAAAACCAGUAGGAAGAGCAAUGACCUCAGCUUGUCGCCUAAGAAAGGCGAUCUUAAGAGUCGUGAAGACAAGAGACGUAGUAGUGAGGGCGGCGAGGCCAAGAAAGACAAAGAGAAAGAAGUGUCUGUCAAAGAUGGACCAAGAGACGCCGGCGUGGAGGCCAUCAGAGAGUCUAGUCUGAUGGGACGCAAGGCUACGCCUGAGCCGCGCUUUGACCCUGAGAAGUAUGAGCCUGUCGUCAAAACUCCACCUGAACCCACCCGUGUCAAGUCGCCCGACCAGGUUGGUAAAUGGGUGAUGGUCAAGAGCCCUGAUCCCGUUAACUGGACCGUGCCCCUGGACACUGGCAAGACCUUCACGGUCACCCACAGCAUCCCUGAAGCUAAUCCUUAUAUGAGAUUAUACAGAGGAGAAGCAUCGAGAUCCACUCCUUCAUCGGAACACCGGCAGCCAUUCGAAGCGCGACCUAGACAGACUCCUGAACCAACCAAAAUCUACCAAGGUUCAUUGGCAGGGACGCCCAUCACAACAGCGAGUACAGUGGCCGCAGCCGCCGCUUCUGAAGAUGCAAAAGCUCCCUUUCAACAGGUGGACAAAGUUGCCUCUGUCACACCUUCAAAGUUUGAUGUGAUGGGAUCACUAGGUAAGUCUGCGGCAGCAGAGCUGAAGAAAGAUGAAAGAAUCUUACCUGACAUUCCUGAGGUGAAGCCAGAUGAAAACGGCGUGUCUGAUGAAAAUGCGAAAAACUUGGAAAAGCCACCCGCCAAAGAUCAAGCAAAAAUGGAACCUAUUCCUGAAUCGCUGACUUCCUCAGUACUGAGCGACAUGCCUUCUUCUCCUUCUGCUUUACCAACUGCAGGACCGGAUCAAGAUGAACUGAAAAUGUCAAUGAUUGAAGAUUCCAUGACGCAUUCUAAGAUCCUGGAUCCCAUGAGCCAGUCCAUGAUCCAAUAUCCCAUGAUCCAGUCCAUGAUCCAGGAUCCCAUGAGCCAGUCCAUGAUCCAAGAUCCCAUGAGCCAGUCCAUGAUCCAGGAUCCCAUGUGCCAGUCCAUGAUCCAGGAUCCCAUGAGCCAGUCCAUGAUCCAGGAUUCCAUGAGCCAGUCCAUGAUCCAGGAUCCCAUGAGCCAGUCCAUGAUCCAGGAUCCUAUGAGCCAGUCCAUGAUCCAGGAUCCCAUGUCUCAAUCAAUGGAACAAGAUGAGAAAUCAUCCUCCGUCUUCGGCACCAUUAAUGGUAUGAAUGGAAAGAACUCGGGUGAAUCAUCACCUAACAAAACAGACUUGCCAUCUGCCUCCAAGUCUAUGCAACCCCAAACAAUGCUUGGCCAGCGCGACGUUCGUAAUGUUCCAGGGUCCGACAUGCGAUGCCUUGACGAUCCUUCUUUCACGUUUGAUCAAAAUAAGCCAUCUCUUGGAUCUUCACCGUCAAAAGAACCAACGUUCACGAAAACUAGCGGUGUUAGAGUUCUUGAAGCUCCAGAACCAGAAGGGCUUUCACAGAAAGUUGGGAGCUAUAGAGUCUUAGAAGCUCCCGAUUUGUCCCCAAGUGCAACCAAACCGCGAGCUGACACGUCUCCUCAAACCAACGUUCAUGAGAACCCCUCGGUUGUGAAAGCAUCUCCAUAUAGGGUUUUAGAAGCUCCGAUUGACGACGUCCUGCCUGUGGGUAAACCUUCGCCUUACCGUGUCUUGGAAGCUCCUGAGCCUGCUUACUACGGUCAAACUGCCAUGCCGACUGGCACGGCCGGACAAGAUGUCAGUCCUCCAACCCUCGUCUCGCCCUCGUCAGGUAGAAUCGUCACUGAGACCCUCGACAAAGCACGCUCAAGGUUCGAUUCUUUCUGGGGAGGAAAUAAGGAUAAAGAUCCACCCAGUAAGGUUUAGGCGUCCAUAAGUAUAGAAGUGUUCCAAUUUCAACCAUUGGAGUGCCCUUAAAAUCACCUUUGCUUAUUCAUGCAGUGAUAUGCUAUGUACUUAGAUGAAUAAUCUAAAACUUAUCUCAAUAGUUGCAUAGAUUAAUGUCUAGGGAUUAUGGAUGUAAGAAACUACAUUUAGUAUUUUAACUGAAUUUAACAUUGAACAUUUUUACUUUUCUUGCUGUUAAUUGGAGCUAAAGCACUUGAUAAAUUUUAGUUUAAACAUGCUCUCCUGUGUGUUGAAAGUAAUCGGGUUCUCACUGCCACAAGCUGAGGGGUAGAAUAAUUAGGAUAUUCUUUAUUUAAUUGCUUCCAGAAGGGGACUGAAUAAUACAUUCCCUCAAACAGAAACAAAAAGGUUCCCUGCUGUGUAGAAUUACUGAGUUUGAAAUUCCAAAUCUAUCUCGGACACAACGUUAGAGAUCAUUUCAGCUCCGAAGAUCUGAAAUACUGAGAGCAAACCAAUCUCUGGACAGGCAGGAAGCUUUGAAUCUAUUUUGAUCAUCAUGAUGUAGCAUUCACCAUCGAUGUUGAUUCGUAUAACGUUCAGCAAGAAUGCGUUCAUCUUACGCUCCAUGUUUGCCACUUCGGGGGGUGAUAACGACUACGUCGAGCCCGGCGUGUGGCGGCACUUGUUGACUCAUCAUAGAUAAGAGCUUAGACAAGAGUACCGUAUAAGACUGAGAUGCUGUGAGAUUUUCUAGUUCAUGCUCUCAUGAAGAAAGAGAUGGAUUGAAAUAUUUAUUAGCAUAUAUUGUAAUUCUGUUUAUAUUGAAUUAAUUCUUAAGAUGAUAUUUAUAUUAGUGUAUUACUUUUAUGAAUCAAAAAAUCGAAUUGGCAUGAUAGAAAUUUGUUUUAAACGAGUGCAAUAAAUAGAUACUGGUUUGAGCUAACUAUUAACCCGGUUUUGCGGGUGGGACGACCCAUUGCCUAGAUGUAGAAUUAAAUGCAUUAGAUUUUCCCCUGAAAUUGAUACCGGGCAAGAUAGUCAUUUCUUGCGCAUUGCGGCAUGGAAUCUGCUGACAUCGUAGGUCUGGAAAGACGAUCUGCAAUAUGUAUAGAAUGUUGGCAAUAAAUACGGCACGGAGUAUUCUACGCAUUUUUUGCUAAUUUUUUCUGUGCUUUGGUGGGAUUUUGUUAGAUUCACGUGCACUUAAGGCGGUGAGAGAACUUGCAUAGCUAGGUAAAGGGUCAGACUUUUUGAUUGCUUCGAUUCAUCACAGAAACUUUAUGGGAAGGAAAGUAGUGUUUUUGUCUUUUGAAAAGUGCUAUCAACCGUUCGCGGUGAUGAAAAUUCAAUGGUAAAUUAUUCAUAUGAGUUAUUAUUAGCCUCAGAGGUCGUGAAAGCCCGUAUCCCCAUAGCAGUUGCCACUACACAAGUACAGUAUGAGAAAGAUGCAUGAAGGAAUUGAUGCCUGUCUAGAAUUAUUGAGAAUAGAAUCCGCUUCUUCCUGCGAACUGUUCAGAAUCGAUGGAAAUGUGCCGUAAUGGUCCCAUGCACAGCUCUGUUUUACGGUUAUCCUGAGGUCAUCCGAGUUGCGCUCUCAACUGUACGGUCAUUAGCAUUGAGGCGUAUAUCUAAGAAAUACAUCCUUAAAAUCAGAAACUCUAGGAUUUGGGGGGUCGGAUUUGGGCUUAAAGUUAACUGACUAAGCUGGGAUUUAUGUCAUAAAAAUAAGUUAUUUUUCUGCAAAUUAUGGGAAGUUUCUCUUCAACGCAUCCCCCGCAAAAAGCAAAAUUUGCAAUUAAUGAGCGGGAUGACGGAUCAAGGGUUUAUGUUGCUCUCCUUAUAUUCUCUGCUUUGUUCACUCUGUCCUAGUUAAUCUGCUCUGGCACUUGUUUAUUAUAAUAUUUAUUUUAUGGUGAAAGUAAUAGGUGCUGCUAUCAUGAUAUUAUAUUCAUGCUAUCUAGAAAUUUGACUGUGGUAAGAUUCCUUGCGAUGCGCCAUUUUUUACCUACCUUAAAUGAUGUCAAGUAAAACUGCUAAAUUGUAAUCAGAACUUCCUUUAAAGCCAAGUAGACUCAAGUAUUAGUAAUAGUUUCAAAGAAAAAUUAUCAGCGUGUUACUGGUAAGUGUGCAAUUUAGUUGUUCAUGUCUACCGAUAUUCCUUCAGUCUUAAGCAAGAUUCUUCUUCCCUUUAUUCUGCUAUGCUGCUUAUAGUCAGUUGGUCAUGCCGAAGAGAAUCUUAGAAAUGAUUCAUUGUAGCACUCAACCUCAGUAAAUGUGAAGCUUCCA